AUGGUCAAAAUCACCUUUACCGUUCUCCUGGCCUUCGCUGCCUCCACUCUCGCUCUAGCCCCCAACAACGCCGGUGCAAAGGACGUUGGCAACGGUCAGAACGAGCAGUUCACCACCGGCGGCUGUGUAGCCGACGACGACUGCAACUCGGCCUGCUGCGCCGAGAUCAGCACCUCCGGCCUCGGCAUCUGCUCUGCCCAGGCCGCCUCGACCCAGAACGGCAAGCUGGGCUGUGGCUUCGUGGACCCCAACGCGGCCGCGACCAUCGCUGCUGCGAAGGCCCAAGUCCAGAAGCAGGGGUUUUAG